UUUUUUAUAAAUAUUUUAGAAUAUGAGGAUAGGGUUGAUCAUCAAUAUCUUGAUCAUCUUUUUGAUAAUCUUCUACACACUCUUCAUAGGGCUCGUAGAAUAUUUUGUGAAAUGGAGGAUCAAGUCGAUGCAUCUUAAUUACAGCUGGAGCGGCAAUCCCAAAGCUAACACUAAUUUCCAUGAUAUGCAAAUUCAUAGUCCUUUAUUUGCCGAGAUUAGAGACAAAAAGAUCUACGAGAUGCCUGUUACAGAGGAAGUUAAUGAUCUAUUGGAUUUUGAUAUUAAUUUGCCGAUAGUUCAGUACGAGAAUGAACAUAUUUCAGAAAUAUCUGCUGUAAAGUUCCCUCCUUCGAAUUUGAACCACUUUAAUUCCCUUGUUGACUUGAUUAAUGGGAAGCUUAAAUCAGAGUAUAUGGAAUCAGAGAAAGAAGAAGACCAAAUCUCAUCAACCCUCCAAGGGUUUUCUAUUAUAUUAAUAUAA